AUGGGGUUUGGCCCAUUUCCUUCUUUUAAUCUUUGCAAGCCUGUCAGGGGAAAGGAGGAAAGAGGCGUGCCUGCUGCGAUAUUCGUUCGAAUUGAAAGGGACGCGAGUUUCUUGCUGGAUCUCGCGAUUUUGGGCUUCGAUUUGCUACUGGACUCGCAAUUUUCUGGCUUCGCUGGUUCUGUUUGCUGCGUUAUUUUGAAGAAGAAGAAGAAGAAACGAAGAGUAUCGAUGUGGGGUCUCUUCUGCUUUAGCAGCAGCCAGCAGCCGCACAACCAGCAACAGCCGGCGACCAGCAGCAGACGACAACCAGCAAGUCAGCAACCGCCAGUUCCGUCGACCAGCAGCACCAGCCGCCAGUCCUGUCGACCAACAGCACACACAGCAGUAGCAACCGCCAGCCACCAGCCCCAGUCGACCAGCAGGGCUCAGGCAGCCGCAGCACCACGCACAGCAGCAGCCGGCUACCGGCAGGCUACAACCAUCAGAUUGGAGAUGGCUGAACAAAAUCAAUCAAAUGUGGGUGUGGCUAAUCAAAGUCGAAUAAGUAUGGCUGAUUCUACGGAUUAUACACCUACUACUAGCCAUGAUGCCUCAAUUGGCACAGAGGAAACAAAAAAAAGAAAAGAAAUGGUUCCUAGAAAUGGAACAAGUGGACUGAGACAACAUUUGACUAACCGAUGUAAAGUGUAUAAGCCCCCGCCUGUUGCACCUGGCAUUCAAAAAUUGUUAAAUAUUCAAAGUAACAAUUCUUCGAUAGAGACUUGGAAAUUUGAGCAAGAGGUAUGUAGGAGAGCUCUAGUUGAGAUGAUAAUUUUGGAUGAGCUACCUUUUAGUUUUGUUGAAAAAGAAGGCUUUAAAAAGUUUAUGAGUAAAGUUCAACCUUUGUUUCGGAUUCCUUCUCAUAGAACUAUAACAAGGGAUUCUUAUGAAGUUUAUGGUGAAUUGAGAAUGAAUUUGAAAAUGCCUUUUAGAGAAAUACAACCAAGAAUUUGUCUCACAACAGACACAUGGACCUCGGUGCAAAGAAUCAAUUAUAUGUGUUUGACUGCUCACUUUAUUGAUAGGAAUUGGGUGCUUCAUAAAAUAAUAUUGAAUUUUUGUCCUAUCACUAGUCAUAAAGGUGAGCAUUUGGCUGAGUGUAUUAGUAAUUGUUUACUUGAUUGGAACUUGGACAAUGUCUUUACUGUUACGGUUGAUAAUGCCUCUUCAAAUGAUGUGGCGGUUUUAGAGUUGUCCAAAAAAUUAGAUAUGUGGGGAACUAAUAUGAUGGAAGGUAAGCAUCUCCAUGUGAGAUGUAUGGCUCACAUACUUAAUUUAAUUGUGCAAGAUGGUUUGAAAGAAAUUGGUCCUUCUAUCAAACGGGUGAGACAAAUGGUGAAAUCUGUUAGAUCGUCUUCUACAAGGACAAGAAACUUCUUGAAAUGUGUUGAAAUGCAAAAAAUUGAAUGUGAUAAAAUGUUGUCUUUAGAUGUGCCUACUAGGUGGAAUUCCACAUAUUUGAUGUUGGACACGGCAGAAAAAUUUGAAAAGGCUUUUGAGAGGUUUGAUCUUUAUGAUGGUAAUUUUAAUUCUUUUCUUGCUACUGAUAUUUGUGAAGAUGGAAGUAUUGCAAGUUCAAUUCAAUAUGAGGAUUGGGCUAAUGUGAGGAAUAUCACAAAGUUUCUUGAAAAAUUUUAUGAGUUCACAUUGAAAGUUUCAGGUUCACGGUAUGUUACUUGUAAUGUUCAUUUUGAGGAUAUAUGUGAGCUUGAUGCAUACUUGAAAGUAUGUAUGACAAGUGAUGAUGUUGAUUUGAGUAAAAUGGCUUCGGGGAUGAAAGAAAAGUUCAAGAAAUAUUGGGGUACUCCUGAAAAGAUGAACAAAAUGUUUUUUAUUGCUUCUGUUUUGGAUCCUCGCAAUAAAUUUAUGUAUGUUAGUUUUGCUCUUGAAGAAUUACUUGGGGAAGAAAAGGGACAGAUAGUGAACAAUGAAGUAAAUGCUUACUUAAAGAAUUUGUUUGCGAUCUAUGUAAGUAAGUAUGCAAAAGGUUCUAAAAAUCAAUCAUCUUCAUCUGACUCCUCUGAUUCAUCUACUUAUGGUCUUUCUCAAAAUGUGAAAACAAAUUCUUUGAGAACUAAGUUUUACAUGAAAAAACAAAAGGAAGAUUUUGGAAGUUUAGGUGUUAAAUCUGAGUUGGACAGAUAUCUUCUUGAAGACCAAGAGCCUGAAUCUGAGGACUUUGAUAUUUUGAUUUGGUGGAAAGUUAAUUCUCCUAGAUUUCCUAUACUUUCACAGUUAGCUCGAGAUGUAUUGGCUAUUCCUAUGUCGAGUGUGGCAUCGGAAUGUGCAUUUAGCACGGGUGAUCGUAUUCUUGAUCCCUUUAGAAGUUCAUUGACUCCCAAAUUUGUGCAAUGCCUUAUUUGUGUUCAAGAUUGGCUUAGACAAGAAACUAAGCCUAUUUGUGUUGAAGAAAGUUUGGAGUUUCUUGAAAAAAUUGAACUUGAGAUGACAAAUAGUGGAAGAAACUCUUCCAUUGUUGAUCUAUGA